GAGAGAGAGACACACACAGAGAGAGAGAGAGAGAGAGAGAGAGAGACACACAGAGAGAGAGAGAGAGAGAGAGAGCAGACAGGAAUUCGGGUCUUGCAGCCAGCCAGUCGCAGCGGGUCUGGGUCUGGGUCUGGGUCUGGGUCUGGGUCUGGGUCUGGGUCUGGAUCGGGUCUUUCGGGGAGAUGCUGUCCUCACCGAGGAGAUGGAUCAGAGAGUGUCUGAGCUCUGUAACCUCGUGUGUGAGGAGAGGGCUGUGCAGCAGGCGUCACUCUCUGAGGAUAUUGCUCAUCCUGCUCGUCGUCUGUAUUGCCUUUGUCGCCCGCCAGGCCAGGAAUGACAAGCAGACAGGACUACCACACCUGGGAUUCACUGUCGACAAACAGCACCUGUUUCCUACUGUGCAGAACGUCUGGGAAGGCCUCCGUUAUGAGUCUUCACUUGCAGUAGCGACAGACGUGAGGUCACUACAGGCCGAAAGAACUGCAGAUCUUCAUCGCCAGACUGAGGGAUAUCGAAAGCAAUCGGAUUAUAUUCUGUCAAGACAUGUGGCUCACCUGGCUGCAGGCUCUCAGAUGGAGGCAAGAAAAGUUUCAUCUGGGAAGCUGAUUCUACCAAAACAUGGAACAAGCCUUGGACUUCCAGGUUCUUUGGCCCUCCACAGUUCUUGGAAAGGUUUAACUGCAGACACUGACACUCCAUCAAGUCUUUUAAAGACUUACAUUAACAGUGUCCAUCCUAAAGCAACCUGCCACCCAAAGUCUCAUAUUGUUUUCCUCAAAACACACAAAACAGCAAGCAGCACCGUCUUAAACAUCCUGUAUCGCUAUGGUGAAAGCAGGAACUUGACCUUUGCCCUCCCUUUGAACAAACACAGCCAGUUGUUUUAUCCGUUCGUCUUUGAUUCACGUUUUGUGGAAGGUGUUAGCAGCCGAACUGUGAGGGAGUUCCACAUCAUGUGCAACCACAUGAGGUUUAGAAAAUCUGAGGUGGCAAAAGUGAUGCCCAAGGACACCUUCUACUUUUCCAUCCUGAGGCAUCCUGUGACCAUGAUGGAGUCCAUCUUUAUCUAUUACAAGAGCAUCCCAGCCUUCCACAAGACUCGCAGCCUGGACGACUUCCUCGACAAUGGCUGGAGAAACUACAGCUCAUCAGUGACCAACAACCACUACGCUCACAAUAUCCUGGCUUUCGACUUUGGCUUCGACAACAACGUUGCAGCUGGUGCUGAGGACCUGGAGGAGAGAGCCAGCGUGGCUAUCGCAGCCAUCGAACGGGACUUCCACCUUAUUCUUAUCUCUGAGUACUUUGAUGAGUCCAUGAUCUUGCUCAAGCACGACCUUUGCUGGUCCCUGGAAGAUGUGGUUUCCUUUAAGCUCAACAGUCGCAGUGAACGAAGCCGUCAACCACUUUUACCAAACACUGCAGAGAAAAUCAAGAGGUGGAAUGCUUUGGACUGGAUGAUCUACCUGCACUUUAACACCACCUUCUGGCACAAAGUGGAUCGUCUCAUUGGGCGAGAGCAGAUGAAGAGGGAAGUAUCUCAGUUGAGAGAGCUACAAGCCAAUCUAGCAAACAUCUGCCUGCAAGAUGACGGAGCAGUUGACCCGUCCAAGAUAAAAGACGCCAGGUUGAAGCCGUUCCAGUAUGGAGCAGCUGUAAUUCAAGGCUAUAAUCUAAACCCACACAUAGACAAUCAUACCAAAAUAAAAUGUCAAAGAUUUAUAACUCCAGAACUGCAGUACACAGACAGUCUAUACACCCAGCAGUUCCCAAUGCUAGCUGCUAAGCAUCGACAAGACACUAAGAUGGUUGCUUCACAGCGUCGACGCUCAGACAGAAUGGGAAUGGCCUGGGCCAGGGAAGCCCAUCAGAAACGGAUCAUAAGACGGCAAUUCUCAAAUCUCAUGCACCAAAAGGCCCCAACAGGUGCCCUGUUAUCACACACAGAAGCUAACAGUAGAACAAGUAGGCCAUGAUUGGUAACUGUGACUAAGGUUGGGUAUCGUCUGGAUUUUAAUGAUUCUGGUUGUGGUUCUGCUUAUUGAUUACGGUUCUUCACGGUUCUUGAAACACCGAUACUGAAACACUGUAAACCUGCUGAAUGACACACAGGGUCCAACAUACUGUAUGAGCCAGUAAAUACAAUCAGCCAGCUGCCCGAUUGGGUCACUGCUCCAGAAAGUAAAAUUAAUUAAAAAAAUAAAAUAAAAAAUUAAAAUAAUAAUUUCA